GCUAGUAUUAGAAUUAUUGGAACACAAAAUUCCUUGGGUAUAAAAUGCCUCUUAUUUCCACAAAACUCACCCAUUUCGUCUGAUCUUCUUCUCGUAUUCUUUAAUCCCCGAGUCCCUUUGAGCUAGUUAUUAACCAACUAGAGUACGUUCAAGAAAAUGUCGGACGAUAAAUCCACCCAGAAUAUAAAUAGAACCCCGUCUAAAGCGUAUGUUAAGGCCACAAUCUCAGUACAAAAACCAUCUCUUCUUGAAAGCCUGACAACCAACGUUGUCGACAAACUACGUGAUACUUAUGCUGAUUGCAUGGAAGAAGCCGUCCUUGUUUUGGACCUUGUUAGCGUUGAUGAGCUCCAACCAAAUACAGGAUCCAAGAAGCUGAAAACCAAAUACGCGUAUGAUUUUGAUGACAGAUCUAGUGAGGGGCUUUGGCGGUACAUGUCCCACCAAUUUAAAAAGUUUUGGUAUAAUGUAGUGAAGAUUCAUUCAAUCUUUUUUAAUCAGACAUCGUCUGCAAAGGUUGAGUUGUUGAAAUAUGUUGGUUACAUAGAAGUGGAGGCAGAUUUUGGAGAGGUAGGUGCUGUUCUUGUUGAAAAUGAACACCACGUAGAGAUGCACCUCAUCGAUAUAGUUCUAGAAGGCUUACCUUCUGGUUCUGGCUCACUUAAUAUUAGCUGUAAUUCGUGGGUGCAUCCCAAAACCAUCAAUCCGGACAAAAGGGUCUUCUUCACUAAUAAGUCGUACCUGGCAUCACAAACACCAAUUGGUUUGAAGAAAUUGAGAGAGAAAGAGCUUGAAACUUUGAGAGGCAAUGGAAAAGGAGUACGCAAGAGCUCUGAUAGAAUCUAUGACUAUGACAUCUACAAUGACCUUUGUGAUCCAAAUGAUACGAAGUUGGAAAGACAAGCCUUGGGUGGUACUGAAGGAUUUCCUUACCCAAGACGUUGUAGAACAGGAUGUCCUAUUAAUAGAGGCAUAUUUAGCAGUGUAUAUGUACCUAGAGAUGAAAGAUUCUCAGGGCUGAAACAGGAAGAGUUCGGGUUCAGCACUCUGCAUGCGAGGCUGCAUACUGUUGUACCUUCAUUAUGGGAGAAGUUCCUUGAUCCUGAUCUAGGAUUUCCAUACAUGACAGCGAUAAACUUGCUGUUCAAUGAAGGUUCUGAUGCUCCUGAGAUGGUACACCAUGGGACAUUGCAGGAUAUACUGCCUAAGAUUAUCAGAGAAGUGUCUGAUCAUACACAGCAAACUAUUCGUCUUAAGCCUCCCCAGACAUUUCAACGGGAUGGAUUUUCUUGGUUUAAGGAUGAGGAGUUUGCUCGUCAAACUCUUGCUGGCAUGAAUCCUUUAAGCAUCAAGUGUGUCAAGGCCGGGGAUUGGCCACUGAUGAGUAAAUUGAACCCCGAAACCUACGGUCCACCCGAAUCAGCUUUGACGGAGGACUUGGUGAAUAGUGAGUUGAAAGGUUCCAUGACAGUUGAAAAGGCAUUGGAAGACAAGAGAUUGUUCAUAAUUGAUUACCAUGACGCAUAUUUGCCAUACGUAAAUAGAGUUUCAGAGAUUGAUGGGAGGAACUUGUAUGGAUCUCGAACUUUGUUCAUCUACGACGAUGAAACAUUAAAACCUCUUGCUAUUGAGUUAACUCGACCUCCUUGUGAUAAGAAUCCUCAAGGGUGGAAGCAAGUAUUUAAGCCAAGAAGCAAUGCCACUGAUGGCUGGCUUUGGAAGCUUGCCAAGGCUCAUGUCCUUGCUCAUGACUCUAGCUAUCACCAACUUAUCAGCCACUGGCUUAGAACACAUUGCUGCACAGAACCCUACAUAAUUGCAGCUAAUCGACAGUUGAGUGAAAUGCACCCAAUAUAUAGGUUGUUGCAUCCUCAUUUCCGGUACACCAUGGAGAUCAACGCCCUUGCUAGACAAGCUUUAAUUAAUGCAGAUGGUAUCAUCGAGAAGACAUUUACCACUAGCAAGUACAGCUUAGAGUUAUGCUCCACCAUCUAUGGCUCCGAGUGGCGCUUUGAUCAUGAAGCCUUACCAGCUGAUCUAAUUAGCAGGGGAAUGGCUUAUGAAGAUGAAGAUGGAGUAUUGAAGCUCACAAUAGAUGACUAUCCAUAUGCGAAAGAUGGCUUAGACCUUUGGUUUAUCAUCAAGAAAUGGGUUACCGAUUACGUAAAUUACUACUACGAUGAAGAUCAUCAUGGAGAUAAUGAACCAAACCAAGUUGUUGAAUCAGAUGAAGAGCUUCAAGCAUGGUGGACAGAAAUAAGAACCAUAGGACACGGUGACAAGAAAGAUGAGCCAUGGUGGCCAACCCUCAAAACACUCAAAGAUCUAAUUCACAUUGUGACUACCAUAAUAUGGGUGUGUUCAGGGCAUCAUGCAGCCGUCAACUUCGGACAAUAUGCGUAUGCAGGUUACUUCCCUAAUAGACCAACUAUCACUAGGACUAAAAUGCCUGUCGAAAGCUCAACUAAAGAUGAGUGGAACUCCUUCAUAAAAACACCCGAGAAGACUCUUCUUGCAUGCUUCCCAUCUCAGAGACAAGCAGCUACAGUUAUGUUAGUGUUGGAUGUGCUUUCAAGUCAUUCAACUGACGAGGAAUAUCUGGGACAACAUAUAAAGCCGUCUUGGGAGGCGGUACCUAAGAUUAAGCAAGCUUUCAAGGAGUUUAAUGAUGGAUUAACAAUUUUAGAGCAAAUCAUUGAUCAAAGGAAUGAUAAUGAAAAUUUAAAGCAUAGAAAUGGAGCUGGUCUUUUACCUUAUGAGCUGUUGAAACGUUAUUCCGACCAUGGAGUUACUGGUAUGGGAGUUCCCAACAGCAUCUCCAUCUGAAGAUUUCUGAAAGUUUGAUUUGCUAGCUACAGUACUAUAUAGAGUUUCAUAUUUAUGUUUAUUACUUUACUUUAUUAAUAUUACUAGGAUCCACACGGUUUUACCAUGGCUCAUAAAGCGUGGGUUUUACGUGUAGGGCUUUGUUUGCUUCCACAGUUAUUUAGCUUUCAUAUGUUGUAGGGCUUCCAUUCAUAAAUUAGGCACUACGUUUUGCCUUGAUA